CUGUAUCUCAAAACGUGUAAAAUUGACAAUACAGUUGUCCCGUGCAGUGAUUAGUAGAAACAGAGUAUAAUGGAAAAAGUACUGCUGAAACUAUCCAUAAUUGCUGUACUUAAUGGAGUUGCAACUCUAGCCCUGUUACCAGUCAUACCGCACCAUAUACGAUCAUUAGGAGGAUCACAUUUUCUAAUAGGAUUAAUGAAUGCUUUGUUUGCUGGGAUUCAAGUUUUAGCGGGACCAUUAGUGGGAAGCUGGAGUGACCUAAGGGGACGAAAAGUUGUAUGGACGACGACUUACUUAGUAGCAGUAGCCUGCUGUUUCAUAAUGGGUUUAACAAGCUCUCUGUAUUUGAUAUUUCUAGCCAACAUAUUAAUAGGUACAUUUGAGCAUACCCAGAUUUUAGGCAAGGCAGUAGUUGGGGAUAUAUUGCCAAAAGAUAGACUCACCGAAGCGUAUGGAACUAUGGGCGCAGUUGGAACUUUAGGGAUAAUUUUUGGACCAAUUUUAGGAGGGCAUUUAAUUGAAAGAGAAAAUGGUUUCUUUUAUGUUUGCACAUUCGCUUCAAUCGUCCAUUUUGCUGCCAUCGGUUUAAUGCAAACCUUGGAAGAAAAACCUCUUAAAACCUCUACCUUUAAUUUCCAAACGGAAGUUACUAAAAUAUUUAGAGAUUUGGGUAGUGUAAACUGGAGGGAAUUUUGGGAACCCUUUUUCCUUAGAUUUGUUGUCAGCUUUGCUAUAACGGUCGUGUUCACGAGUCAACUGGUAUACAUUGGGGCACGUUACGGUCUGUCACAAAAGGGGGCCGGCUAUUACGUGGCAUUUGUUGGACUUCUUGGAAUUAUUUCAGUUAUCUUAAUUGGAUGGAUCAAAAAAGUGUUCUAUUCUACUAAGGAAAAACAGGCGGACUCUAGAUUGCAGUUACAUUUGUUCGCGACUUAUACAAUUGGUCUAAUGAGUAUGGCAACUGCGUCCACAUUUGAAAUGGUGCUGAUAGCCACCAUCCCAGUUGCCUUCGCAUGCUCUGGUUUAAUGAUAAUAACAAUGGAAGGAAUAGUACAAAAAUCUACGGACAGUGAUCGAGGGAUAUUAACCGGCGCAUCGGAAAGUGUUAUGGGUAUCGGAAGAUGUGUUGCUCCGCUAGUAUCAGGAAUUAUUGCAGAGUUCUUAAGUGAAAAAUUAGUUAUUUCUAUUCCAAUAUUUUUCUCUAUUUUGGGAACCCUCUUGUGCUUAAAAAUCACACGUCAAGAUAGUCGCGUUGACAAAAUCGAUUAAUCAUCCUUAACCAGUGCGAUUGUGUAUUUAGCCUUGGUAUCCCUGAAAAGUGUGCUUCACGAAUAUUCUCCUUGAAAGUUUGAUACCUAUAUUGUAUAAUGUUUCGUAUAUUCAAUACUUGAUUCAUAAUGUUUUGUAUUUACUUUUUGGCAAUUUGUCAGACAAUUCUUACCUAUAAUUUAAUUUGAAAUCUUGUGUACUUGUGUAUGAUUCAAAUCUUAAGGAUGAUAUCUCAACCGAACAUGUUUCGUUUUUUUUAGUAAUUGUUGAUUGAGAUGUAUGUUCAUACAGAAAAUGCGCCCUUUCAUAUGAACACAGGGUCAUCUCAGGUCCACUUCGGAUCUUUUAGUUAUAAUUUUGAAAUGAAUUGGUGUAUGAUUUAGA